ACUCAGCAUGGCAGCGUCCUGUUGUUUUGCUGCUCUUUCGUAAAAGGAAACAAGCGGCUUCUUUCGCCGCUAUCACGCAAUCAGCUGUUGCCAUUGGCAUCGCAGAUGUACCGACGCAGUCUCGAUCUCUUCGCUAGCCAGGUCGUUACAGGAUAACCCGGAGUGCCUAGGCGUUUUCUUUUCAUCCACCUCGAAGAGCACAUAUAUUUAACAAACGCCCGGUCGGCCCGGUUACGAUGGAUAACGACUACGGGAUCGUGGAAUAUUUCUACGAGCACAAUGGUCAUAGGUGUGGCUACUGCAAGUCGGAAUCGUCCAGCCUUAGUUGUGGCAUGUGGGCGCACAGACUAACAGCAGGAAUUUAUGACGACCUCCUUAAUCGAGGUUGGAGGAGGUCGGGCGAGUACUGCUACAAACCAGUGAUGAAGAAAACCUGCUGUCGUCAGUACCCCAUAAAGCUUGAUGUCGCCGAAUUCACCCUGACCAAGUCACAGAAGAAGCUCCUGAAACGGAUACACAAGUUCUUGGCUACCGGCAAAAGAAAUGAGAACGGAAAGCCGGAUGAGAAAGGCGAUCACUGCUCUGAAGCAAUGGGCGACAGAGUCAUGGAAAUGCCCGACUUCUCAAACAAAAAGUCGAACGUGCAACUUGACUUGGAAACCUGCAACCUAAAGCCCGCUGGCGAAGACGCAGUUACAACUGAAAGCACUGGAAGUGAAGGAACUAUGAUUUCUGAAUCAAUGGACCAACAUUUAGAGAAAUCACCAGAGUGCUCCAAAGAAGAAAUAGUGCCCAAAACUGAGACGACAGCUCAUGUGCCAAAGAAAGGUUUGGGUGCCGAUCCAAACAAGCCAAAGUGUCGUAAGGCUCGUGACAUCCGUCGAGAAAGGAAGCUUUUGAAACUGAGCAACUCUGGCAAGGACCUCAGCAUUGGUGGUGACAAGGCUUCACUGUCCUCAAAGAAACCUAAGAAUGAGCCAAAAUCAUUAGAGGACUUCUUGUUCGAACCGCUCCCCCCAAAUGCUGCACACAAGUUAGAAGUUCGCCUGGUGUGGAAUAGCCCCGACUGUCCCGAGUUUGCAAACUCCUUCGAUUCCGCCUUAGCUGUCUACUUCCAAUACCAGGAGAAAAUUCACAAGGACUCUCCCGAAAAGCUAACAGAGCGGCGCUAUCGGCGCUUCCUAGUCAAUAGCCCAAUCCAGGUGCGGACGGUUGUGUCGAACCGCGGGUCACCCGAGUUUGAGGCGACCUUCGAGGCAUCGUGGAAGCUUUACGAGUGCUACCAGAUGCGAGUGCACGAGGAACCAGCCAGCCAGUGUGACAGAGAAUCCUAUUGCCAGUUUCUGGUGAACUCUCCGUUACAGUACGAUCACAAGGGCCCCUAUAGUUUGGGUUCAUUCCACCAGCAGUACUGGCUCGAUGGAAAUCUGAUUGCUGUCGGGGUCAUUGACAUAUUGCCAACGUGCCUCUCUUCGGUGUAUCUCUACUACAAUCCAGACUACAGCUUCCUGUCUCUAGGGACAUAUGCAUCACUCAGGGAGAUAGCUUAUGCAAGAGAGCUGCACAAAAUGUGCCCGAGCAUCAAGGACUACUGCAUGGGUUUUUACAUCCACACCUGUCCCAAGAUGAGGUACAAGGGGAACUUCUCACCAUCUAGACUGCUCUGUCCGGAAACCUACACAUGGCAUCCCAUAGAGAAAUGCAAGCCCCUUCUGGAUGCCAACAAGUAUUGCCGCUUUGAACAGGACCCGAAUAAAGGUGAUGAAAACGCCGUGCAAGACCUGGACGAAGUGUUGAUUCUGUACAACAGGACGGUCAUCACAUACAAGAAGUACUGCAGGCUCGAAGGAAACGCCGACAAGGCUGAAGUGAAAGAGUACGCAAAUCUCAUUGGCAAGAACUGCAUCAAGCGGCUCUUCCUGUACCGCAAAUCCUGAGUGGCAGUGACACGGCUGCUGUGGUGCUCUUUUAUCUCUUGUGAUAAGUAUAACAUGGACUGUUGUUUCAACUUGCUGCUAAGCUGACAGCAAAUAAAUAAAGAUAGGACAAUACCA